AUGAAUCUUGAAAAUCUUGACACAUUAAACUCUUUUGGAACUGACGAUACACAAGGAACUGAGAAUCGUGAAGAUUUAGAUAGUCGAGCUAGUGGAACAAAAACAAAUGGAGGUGAUAGCAGUGAUAAUGAAGCUACAAGUAGUGUUAAUGAUAAAGGGAUUAAACGGAGUGCAGGUGGAGACAUUGCUCCAACAACAAGGCAUUAUAGAAGUGUGUCAAUGGAUAGUUUUAUGGGGAGGAUGAACUCUGCUGAUGAAUCACCUAAGCUUCCUCCUUCUCCUGGAGGGCAUAUUGGUCAAUUAUCCCCAAAUAAUUCAAUCGACUCAAAUUCAAAUACAAAUACGUUUAGUUUGGAGUUUGGAAAUGGUGAGUUUACAGGGGCUGAGCUCAAGAAAAUCAUGGCUAAUGAGAAACUUGCAGAGAUUGCUUUAUCUGAUCCCAAACGAGCCAAAAGGAUUUUGGCAAAUCGACAAUCUGCUGCAAGAUCAAAAGAGAGGAAAAUGCAUUACAUUACAGAAUUGGAGCACAAGUUUGGUUAUGCAAAAGUAGAUCGACGAGAACAAAGUUUACAAUUGGGUAGUGCAGCUUUCAGUGUAUGUGUUGGCGACUCUGUUGCUGCUGAGGUUAGAAGAUCACUCAUCCGUAACAUGUGGAAUGAACGUAUUAAAGGCACAAAAAGAAAUGUUGAGGUUUGGCAAGCUCUUUUGGUAGUUAGGUCACUUGUAUUUCCUCCUACAGACGAGGAUAGUGAAACCUGGUUGAAAUUUGCUUCACUUUGCCGAAAAAGCGGUAGGAUUAGUCAAGCCAAAUCCACUUUAAUUAAACUCUUACAGGAUCUAGCAAUAGAGCUUUCAAGUUCUUCUGGUCUUCAAGUAUCUACACCAACUGGCUUUGGAGGCAUGGUGUUAGUUUUUUUUGCAAGCAAAUGCAAUAUGUCCUUCGGAUCCACUUGUCAUGAACAAAUUCAUUGGGCACACAAAAGAUGUCAUGGGUUUGAUCAACUGUUUCUUGCAGAAACUUUGGAUGUUGUUCAAGACAUUGAUUGGGUCAUUUCUCUUGGAAAUGCUUUUGCAAAGCAGUAUGAGCUUUAUACAUAUGAUGAUGAGCAUUCUGCACUACUUCACAGAGUUCUGGCUUGGUGUGUGCGAGUGGGAAGGAACCAACCCAAUGCCCCCAGAGUUCUGGCACCUUCCAUCUUUACUUCCUAUGUAUCCAGGGUCUUGUUCAAUGCUUUAGCUGUGUUUGCUCUAAGGGAGAUCAACUUAUCAAAAGUAACCUUCUCAACAACAACAUUCUACUUAAGAAGGUGA